UGUUCCCAGGGGGCCGCAGCGCCGGGGGCGCGGUGCGGUGCCCGGCGGAGCGGGCAGGGCAGCGGCACGGCCCCGAGGUGCCAGCCCGGCUGCCUGCGCCCAGCGCCUUCUCGCAGCUCCGGCUCCAGCCCCGCUCCGCCCGGCGCCUCCGCCUCCUCCUCCCCUCCCCUGCAGAGCACGCACAGCCCGGGACUCGCUCCGCCGGCUGCCAGGCGGGCGGGCCAGACCCCGCUGCCCGCCCAGCCCCGCUCCGCUCCUCCGGCCCGGGGGCGCUCGGCGCCCUCCCUGCCCCCUCCGGGGCGCUUCCUCCCCCCCCAGCCGCACUUUUCCCACCCUCCCGAGGAUGAGGCCGCCGCGGCGGCUGGCGUUGCCGCUGCUGGGGCUGCUGUGGCUCGCCGCCCUCCUCCUCUUCUUCUUCUUCGGGGCUCGGAGGAAGUUGGAGGCGGUGGGGACCGAGGUGCGCCCGUCGGAGGGCUUGGAGCCGGCCUGGGAGGAGCUGUGGGACGAGUUUGAGGAGCGGCGGUACCUGAGCGCCCGGCGCUGGAGGGGCGGCGAGGACCCGUACCGGCUGCACGCCUUCAACCAGCGGGAGAGCGAGCGGACCCCCAGCGACCGCGCCCUGCGCGACACUCGACACCGCAGGUGCACGACUCUGCGCUAUCGCCAGGACCUUCCACCAACCAGCGUCAUCAUCACCUUCCACAACGAGGCCAGGUCCACCUUGCUCAGGACCAUUAGGAGCGUGCUGAACCGCACCCCAGUGCACCUGGUCCGUGAAAUCCUGCUGGUGGAUGACUUCAGUGACGACCCCGAUGACUGCCGCUUGCUGGGCAAGCUCCCCAAGGUGAAGUGCCUGCGGAACGGACGGCGAGAAGGGCUGAUCCGGUCCCGCAUCCGAGGGGCGGACGUGGCGCAAGCAGGAGUCCUGACCUUCCUGGACAGUCACUGCGAGGUGAACAAAGACUGGCUGCUGCCUCUGCUGCAGAGGAUCCAGGAGGAUCCCACCCGAGUGGUCAGCCCCAUUAUUGACAUCAUCAACCUGGACACUUUUGCCUACGUGGCAGCUUCAUCAGACCUCAGAGGGGGUUUUGACUGGAGCCUGCAUUUCAAGUGGGAACAGCUCUCCCCAGAGCAGAAAGUCAAACGACUGGAUCCCACCGAGCCCAUUAAGACUCCCAUCAUUGCUGGGGGGCUCUUUGUGAUGGACAAGGCCUGGUUCAACCACCUGGGGAAGUACGACAGUGCCAUGGACAUCUGGGGUGGGGAGAACUUUGAGAUCUCUUUCCGUGUGUGGAUGUGUGGAGGCAGCCUGGAGAUCGUCCCCUGCAGCCGCGUGGGCCACGUCUUCAGGAAGAAGCAUCCCUACGGCUUCCCAGAGGGCAAUGCCAACACCUACAUCAAGAACACCAAGCGCACGGCAGAGGUCUGGAUGGAUGAGUUCAAGCAGUACUACUACGCAGCUCGGCCAGCAGCCCAAGGGAGGCCUUGUGGCAACAUCCAGAGCAGAGUGGAGCUGCGGAAGAGGUUGAAGUGCCACAGCUUCAAGUGGUACCUGGAGAACGUCUACCCCGAGCUUCGGAUUCCUGAGGAAUCUCUCUACCAGACUGGGAUUAUCAGGCAGAGGCAGAGCUGCCUGGAGUCACACAGAUCUGAAGGCCAAGAGUUCCCCAUCCUGAGCUUAAGUCCUUGCAUCAGCAGCAAAGGCACAGCAGCAACAGCACAGGAGUGGACAUACACGUACAACCACCAGGUCCGGCAGCAGCAGCUGUGCUUGUCUGUGCACACCCUGUUCCCCGGCUCCCAGGUGCUGCUGGCACCUUGCAAAGAAGCUGACAGCAAGCAGCGCUGGGGCAAGGCUGGGUCACGCAUUGAGCACGUAGCUUCCCGCUUCUGUUUGGACACUGAGACAGCUGGGGACACGAACGAGAGUGCUAAAGAGCUUGUCAUCAACCCCUGUGAGAGCACAGCCCUGAGCCAGCGCUGGGACAUGCUGAUGUCAUGACUCCUGCAGGACUUCCCCGGUGGAGGACGGCACUGAGGUGCUGCUGCCUGCAGCCCAGAUGCACCAGAGGGAGCUCCACACCACUGGGAGCUUUGUGUACUGUGGGACAGGAGGGGAGCCCUUGGAAUAACACCCAGGACCUGGUGCUCCAGGCUGAGCAAUGGAUGUUGC